UAUAUAUAUAUCUUUUGUAUAUUGACUAGAGAAGGUGAAGGAGAAGCAGAGAGAGAUGGGUGAGAAGGGAGUCCAAAAGCCAUUGCAGAAGCUUUUUUCAAGGGUACGAAAGCAGUCUAACAAAGUGAAGACAUUCUUGGGUGUAUUCACAGUGCUAACAUUGCUUGUCACUCUCAAACUCCUUAUACAUGAACACAACCACUUCUUUGUUUUGGCUGAAUUUGCUCAUUUCAUUGGUAUAUUGGUUUUGAUUUACAAGUUGUCAACACUCAAGACUUGCUCUGGGCUUUCAUUGAAGACUCAACAGCUUACAGCAACAUUUUUAUUUGUAAGAUUAUAUUGUAGCCUUCAAAUUGAAGGAGAUAUUCAUACUUUACUAGACCUUGUCACUCUUGUGGCUACAUUCUGGCUUAUUUAUAUGAUGAAGUACAAGUUGAAGUCAUCUUACAUGGCAGAUUUGGAUAAUAUGAAGAAAUAUGUUGUGAUAGUACCUUGUUUGGUGAUAGCCUUCUUUAUCCAUCCACGGACAAAUAAUCUUAUUAUCAGUAUACUUUGGGCUUUUGCUACAUAUAUAGAAGGCGUUUCGGUGCUGCCUCAGCUUCGCUUGAUGCAGAACGUCAAGAUUAUUGAGCCAUUCACAGCUCAUUAUGUGUUCGCAUUGGGCGUUUCGAGAUUCUUCAGUUGUGCUCAUUGGAUCAUUAAGGUUUAUGAUACAGCCGGUUCAUAUUUGUCUUUGACUGGAGGGGGUUUCUUGUGGAUACCAAUGCUCAUUUUAGCCGAAAUCGUUCAAACAUUCGUUUUGGCCGAUUUCUGUUAUUAUUAUGUGAAGAGUGUCAUACAAGGUCAAAUGAUGGUUCGCCUGCCAGCAUAGGUGUAAAUCUCCAAUGACUGCAUUUUAGAUCUAGUUCUUCUUGUGAAUAAAUAAAUAUUAUGGCAUUGUUGCAUUUAAGCUACUUUGCUGAUGAAUUCUGCACUGAAUAAGAAUAUCAGAGAUGCAAAGUCUUAAAUGUGGUUGAAACUGAUCAAGAAUUGCUUUCAGAAUCAUAUAGUAAUAAGGAUAUCAUAUUAC